AUGGUACUCAAGAAGGGUGAUGGCUCAGUGGUCAAUACCAUUGAUCUAGCCAAUGGCUCCUACGCCUUCACUGGUAUCCCCUCAGGACAGUACUGCAUCUUUGCCUCCAAGGCUGGAUUCCAACACAGUGUCACAAUGAAUGACAACGUGUUCAACAAAGACACAGACAGUUAUUGCACCACUGUACCUCCAUCAAACACCAAUGCACACCUUGCAAUGGUUAGCAACACGACAUUCAGUAUCGAAGUAUACUUGUGGAAUGAUAAAACCAACGAUGGUGUACUUAACAAGAAGUCAAGUACAUAUAAUAUUAUGAUAAAGUUGCUUAGAGGCAAGAACUUUGUCAUGGAACACUCUCGUACAUCUGGAUACUACAAGUUUGAAGACGUGGAUUCUGGUGACUACUGUUUAUAUGGCACGUCACCCGAUGGCCUAUUUGCACCUGGUGUAACCAUGAAUGACAAUGUCUUUGACAGCAAUGGCACCUAUUGUCUAUCAUUGCCACAGCCUGGUUCAACCAACAGGAAUAUCAUUGCCAACUCUGGAUGGGUCAAACUAACUGCACCAUAG